CUUUCCCAGGGGAGGCCCAGACCCCUCUGAGCUGGUAAUUGUGGUGUUUUGCAGAGGCCAGAGGUUCAGGAUCGCCCUGGGCUAAAUGCACGGGUUUAUCCUCCCUCUUUUGUCCUUAACAGCCAGCAACAGAGGAAAAAGCAUUUACUGCCUUGGGCAAUGCUCCCGGGAGCCACCAUACAGCAUAACAAGCUUAAUUAGUAAUAAAACAAGAAUCAUCAAAUAACCUCGGUAAUGUAUUGCAGAUGUUAUGAUGCUGCUUUUCACCUUGAAGGAUCCCAGCGUCAAAUACCUCGAUGUUUAGUAUUAUACAUCCUGUCAAGACUUGCCCAGGGGCCCGAGCAGGUGAGUAUGAAUCUGCCGAUGUCAGCAAACUGGGGGAGGAGCAGAGGGACCAGACCCUCCCUCUGGGGCACUUAGUGUCCCCAGGCAGCUGGGAUGGUGACUCAGUGUCGGUCACCCAGGGGUUAAUCACCACAGCUUGCAUGUGUGCACCUGGGAGAGCGCUGAGGCCACCCUGCUGCCUUCAGACGUUUUUUUGCUUACAAAAAUAAGCGACAGCGUGAGCUUUGGCUCAUGUCCAGGCUCGGCUCCAUCCCUCCCGACGGCAGAGGGUGCCCAGGGCCCAGGAAACCCGUGCUGGAGGCGUCGCCUGGGGCCAUCCAGCUCCCCAAGGGCUCACACAGCAAGAAAUUCUGUGUCAGCAGAAAAAACGCUGGAGGUCAGACACUGUUCUUCAUGCACAUCAUAGAACAGAAUAUCUCAAGUCAGAAGGGACUCAUAAGGAUCAUCAAGUCCAACUCCCUGCUCUUCGCAGAACUAUUUAAACUUAAACCAUAUGAGUAUCAUCUAGAUCCCCUGGAAUUCUGACAGGUGUUUCCAAUGCUUGCUGGAAAGCAGAAGCUUUUCCAAUAACUUUUUGAAACCUUUAAAAAAUUUGACAUCCUUCAUACGCUUAGGCAAGGAGUUCUGAAGGUUAAAUGCUUAUUAUGUGUACGAUCACUUCUUUUGGGGCUGUUUUGAAGAUGUUAGUGGCCAAUUCCCUUUGAUUCUUCCCUCCCGAUUCUUGCACGGCAAAGCAUGUGAAGAUGGAUCCAGCAGUAUGUUACCUGUAACUGCCUCAAACCGCAUCAUUUCUUAUAUUGUAGUAGAAGUACCGAGCCACAGACAGGAAUGUGUUUAGUUUGGGAUUUUUUUGGUCUCCAAAGAGGGAGAAGGGGUAAGGAAGGUAAUUUUUCUAGCCUCUAUGAUUUACUUUGGGUUAUCACAGAUGCCUGUUGCACAGUUUGUUGUGUGUUUCCCUAGAAAGCAGAAUCCUGGGGGCAGAAGCAGGGUAGUGGGGGGACAGGAAUGGUGACUGGGUCUGCUGGUGUCUUCCUAGUGACACUAGAGAGAUAGAUAUCUAUAUAUACAUAGAUACCUAUAUAUAUUUAACUAGGAAACGCUGAGUUGUGAAUGCCUCUGGGUUUGGUUUGAAAGUGCAGCCUUCUUGCCUCCCCUUAGACACGUAGACCCAGCAAGCUGUCACUGUGUGACCCUGUGCCCGCAGCGCUUGGCUGAGCCCGACGCAGUGAUGCUGCUUAAUUGGAGCUUUCAAUGUGCCGCGGAGCUGGUGCACAAAGCGUUUGUUGCGGGGAUGCUUAGGACCCAGGGGAAGCGCUGAAGAGCCUGGCUGGGCUCGCAGGAGCUCCUGCCUCCCUGGCCAGGGCUUCUCAGGUGUCCGGGUACGGCGGCGCCGUGCGAGGGUCCUACUGGCAGCUCCCCCUUCCCCAUGUCGGUCCUCUGAGCCCCCCUGGGCACCCAUGCACUCGCCUGGGGACCGUUCUGCACCAUGAACGACCAGUACCACCGAGCAGCCCGGGAUGGGUACCUGGACCUCCUGAAGGAAGCCACCAAGAAGGACCUGAACUCGCCGGACGAGGAUGGCAUGACCCCCACGCUAUGGGCUGCCUACCACGGCAACCUGGACGCCCUGCGCCUCAUCGUCAGCAGAGGGGGCGACCCGGACAAAUGUGACAUCUGGGGGAACACCCCGCUCCACCUGGCAGCAGCCAAUGGCCACCUGAACUGCCUUUCCUUCCUCAUCUCUUUUGGGGCCAACAUCUGGUGCCUGGACAAUGACUACCACACGCCGCUGGAUAUGGCAGCCAUGAAGGGACACAUGGAGUGUGUGCGUUACCUGGACUCCAUCGCUGCCAAGCAAAGCAGCCUCAACCCCAAGCUGGUGAGCAAACUGAAGGACAAGGCCUUUCGGGAUGCGGAGCGGAGGAUUAAGGACUGUGUGAAGCUGCAGAAGAAACACCAUGAAAGGAUGGAGAAACGGUACAGAAAGGAGAUGUCGGAUAAUUCAGACACCAUGAGCUUCUCUAGCUAUUCGAGUAGCACCUUAAGCAAGAAGUUCCAACACAUGUCUAUGGUGACUUCCCUGCCAUACUCACAAGCCACCAUCCAUGGCACAGCCAAGGGAAAGACGAAAAUACAGAAGAAGCUAGAGAAGAAGAAGCAGGUGGAUGGGACGUUCAAGAUCUACGAGGAUGGGAGGAAAAGCGUGCGGUCCCUAUCUGGUCUCCAGCUGGGGAACGACAUCAUGUUUGUGAAGCAGGGCACAUACGCCAGCCCCAAGGAGUGGACUCGGCGUAACAUCAGAGACAUGUUCCUCACAGAUGAAGACACCGUUUCUCGUGCCAUAAGCGACCCAGGCUUGCACAUGGACUCGGCCCACUCAGAAGUCAGCACCGACUCUGGCCACGACUCCUUGUUCAACCGCCCUGGGCUGGGCACUAUGGUGUUCCGGCGCAACUACGUCAGCAGUGGGCUUUUUGGGAUCGGCCGGGAGGACGCUGGCACGCUGGGUGAAGACAACAUGGAUGGGGUAGGUGUCAAACUGCGGAGCCGCCUGCAGCGCUCGCCAAGUCUCAACGACAGCAUUGGCAGUGCCAACAGCCUGCAGGAGAGGAACGCGGAGGAGCUGCCCUGGGACGAGGUAGAGCUGGGCUUAGAUGAUGAUGAUGAACCAGACACCAGCCCCUUGGAGACUUUUCUGGCUUCGCUGCACAUGUUUGAGUUCAUCUCCAUCUUGAAGAAGGAAAAGAUUGACUUGGAGGCCCUCAUGCUGUGUUCAGAUAAUGAUCUGAAGAGCAUCAAUAUCCCGUUGGGCCCCAGGAAGAAGAUUGUCGAUGCCAUCCAGAGGCGACGGCAAACACUGGAGAAGCCAGAUGUCAUUGUAGACACUGAACUGUAAGUAAGAGAUGUGGCCUCUGAGCAACUAAACUCUUCAGCAGGUGGAGAUGUGGAUAACGUAAGGUUUCAACCCACUUGGAAGAGUAGGAGUCCAGGUAACCUCGGUGCUUCUGUGUGAGCAAAUUCCUGUUCGUGUGGAAACAAUGAGAGUUUGGAGAGGUGGCAAUAACGUUAGUUCAUUACUCAGCAGCCCCAAUGUGGCUGGGCAGGAUGUGGAGCCUUUGCUUUGUUUCAUAACCUGUAUGGAUGCACACCAUGCUGUGGUCUGGUUCUUCUGAGUCCCUAUAGCCGGGAUUCUCAACCACACUCGGGCUUGUCUUGACUCUUCACCUUUUGAAGGUGUUAGGAAAUGAACCGCAAUUCCCAGCGGGAGCAGGCUGAGGGCAGCACCCUGUGGGAUUGGGAAUCCUUCCCCAAGUGCUUGAGAUCUUACUCAGACCUAUGGAAAUUACGUAUCUGGGUUGGAGUUGUUGCUGUUUCACGGUGUUUCCAGGGGUGGGUUGGUUUGAAAGACCAUGUGUCUGCCAUAGAGGUGAAGGGAAGGCCCUGCUGUGGGUCUCCUCGCUGUCACAUCCGCUGACACCCUGAUCCAAUGUAUUGUUUGGGCUUCUCAGCCCUCAGGUAUAUCCGUGUUCUUGCUGGUUUUACAGGAUUUCAGUACAGCUCAGUCUUGGGUUCGCAGGGUGCUGAUAGAUUUUUCUCUUUCCCUUUGCAGAUAGCAGCAGCAGCAUUUUAUUUUAUUUAUACUUUUUUUUUUAUGAUUGAGAGGAAAAAACCCCACAGUUCUAAGUUGCCAGAAAACACAAGCCAGAGACUCUCUUCCUGGGGCAGCUGAAAGCUCCAGCCAUUCCCCCCUGGUCCCUCUGGACUGUCCUCCUGCUCCCUCUCUGUGCGAUGCUGCGGGUGGUACUUUGUGCGGAGGGACGGCUGCUGAGAUGGGACCGGCAGCUCCGGCACGCCAGCCUUGAAGGGACAACAGCCACCUGCUCGCUGGAGGAACAAGAGGACUGCCCAGCGGGAGACGACACUGUGCUGUCACGGGCUGAGGGACCACACGAAGCCAUGAACAGAAGGAUACUUGUGAUGGGAUUUUCAAAGGGACCCAAAAUAAAUAAUUACACCCA